AUGCCGUUAAUUUUACUUUGUUUCAUGGCCGCGCUUUUUGGGUUUGCGCAGGCGGAUAUGUCCCCRCUGGAAUUAAUGGAUGCCUGCAACAAGGAGAGUGGCAUCAGUAAAGCGGAGUUGCAGGAAUACUUUGACAGUCAAAUGGAUCCUGCUAAGGCUACCAAUGCCAUUAAGUGUCACAUGAAGUGUGUUAGUGAAAAAUUCGGUUUCUAUAAAAGCAAUAUGCUGGAUGAAACGGUGACAAUUAAAUACCUGAACGAAAAUAAUAUGGCACCGAAAGCUAGUGUGAACACUGUAAAGCAGAGCAUACAGCAAUGCAAUCAAUUGAAAGGUGCCAAUUCUUGCGAUACAGCAUUUCAAAUUAUGUCAUGCUUUAARUCGCAGCCUAUUUUUACCUGA